AUGCAUCCGUACUCCCUUCCACACGCCACCCCCGCACCCCUCGAUCGCAGGUACGACGACAAGGGCCUCACGGUGGGUGGCAGGGACCUGGACUGGCCUUGUGGCUCGUACGACAAUAAGGGCUUCACGGUGGGCGGCAGGGACUUGGACUGGCCUUGUGGCUCACACAUAUCGUACGACGACAAGGGCUUCACAGUGGGCGGCAGGGACCUGGACUCCUCCAUCCUCUGUGUGGGUGACGUGGCGCUCUGCUGGUCGCCCUCCUGCCUCGCUGACGUCACCCCCGACAGCCUGGCUCUCUUUCAGCUCAUUCGCCCGCAACCAGAGCUACUCCUGCUGGGCACGGGGCAGCGCAUGCAGGCAGUGCCGGGGCAGCUGAGGGAGUUUGUGAGGGCGUGUGGCAUGAAGCUUGAAGUGCUCUCUACUUUCACUCAAAACGCAUUUGCGGUACAGCUGCCAGCUGCUAGUGCUGGUAGCAUUAAGACUACUGCUCGUAGCCCUGCUCGUAGUGCUGGCAUGAAGCUCGAAGUGCUCUCCACUGUGAGUGCCUCUGCUACGGAUGGGAAAGCUGGUGGUGCUGGUGGGUUUGGGCUUGUGGCAUGA